CCGAGGCGGCCCCAUGUUGUCCCCGACCCCGGAGGAGCCCUGCAAGUACGGGGAGCUGCUGGUCCUGGGUUACAACGGGGCCUUGCCGAGCGGAGAUCGAGGACGGAGGAAGAGCCGGUUCGCCCUGUACAAGCGGCCCAAGGCUAACGGCGUCCAGCCCAGCACGGUUCACGUGCUGUCCACCCCCCAGGCCUCCAAGGCCGUCAGCUGUAAGGGUCAGCACAGUAUCUCUUACACUUUGUCAAGAAACCAGACCGUGGUGGUGGAAUAUAUCCAUGACAAAGACACAGAUAUGUUUCAGGUUGGAAGGUCCACGGAGAGUCCCAUCGACUUCGUCGUGACGGACACGCUGUCCGGCGGCCAGAACGACGACGACGACGACACCCAGAUCACGCAGAGCACCAUCUCGCGAUUCGCGUGCCGGAUCGUCUGCGACCGCAAUGCCCCCUACACGGCCCGCAUCUUCGCCGCCGGCUUCGACUCCUCCAAAAACAUCUUCCUCGGGGAAAAGGCCGCCAAGUGGAAGAACCCCGAUGGCCAUAUGGACGGGUUGACCACAAACGGCGUUCUGGUGAUGCACCCCAGGGGCGGCUUCACCGAAGAGUCCAAACCCGGAGUCUGGAGGGAGAUUUCGGUGUGCGGAGACGUCUACACGCUGCGAGAGACGAGAUCCGCACAGCAGAGGGGAAAGCUGGUCGAGAGCGAGACCAACGUCCUUCAGGACGGCUCCCUGGUGGACCUGUGCGGGGCCACCCUCCUCUGGCGGACGGCCGACGGGCUGCUCCACACCCCGACGCAGAAGCACAUCGAGGCCCUGCGCCGGGAGAUCAACGCCGCCCGCCCCCAGUGCCCCGUGGGGCUCAGCACCCUGGCUUUCCCCAGCAUCAGCCGGAAGGAGGUGGUGGAGGAGAAGCAGCCCUGGGCGUACCUCACCUGUGGCCACGUUCAUGGCCACCACAACUGGGGCCACCGCGGCGACGCGGAAGCCAACGAGCGCGAGUGCCCCAUGUGCCGGACGGUGGGCCCUUACGUGCCCCUCUGGCUGGGCUGCGAGGCCGGCUUCUACGUCGACGCCGGGCCUCCCACCCAUGCCUUUGCCCCCUGCGGCCACGUGUGCUCGGAGAAGUCGGCCAGAUACUGGUCCCAGAUCCCCCUGCCUCACGGCACCCACGCGUUCCACGCCGCCUGCCCCUUCUGUGCCACGCAGCUGGCCGCCGAACACAACUGCAUCAAACUCAUUUUCCAGGGCCCCAUCGACUGAGGCUUCCUGUGCCCCCAUUCCCCGCCGUCCCCCGGCCCGUCCACGGUCGCCGGAUUUCCCUUCGGAUCAUCCUCCCUCCGGGGGAUGGGGG